AUGCAGAGGUGGAAGUGGAACAGAAAGAAACCCCCCAUUUUCCCCUUCCUUGUGCUUAUCUUACUGUUGUUCAUAGCCUUCUCAACCCUCCACAGUGAACACGCCAUACAACGAAUCCAUGAAAUCCCAGAUCAUGUUCAUAAUCACCAAGAAGUUUCUUCAGCCACCUUUGUCAAACCCAACUUCUCUGGUCACCGCAAGCAAGCACCAGAGGUUUUGGAUAGAUUCAGUAGAUGCAACUCCACUGUUGAGUAUAGUGGCAAGAAAAUUGCUUGGCGUGGUGAUUCUAGGCAGUCUGGUCGCCGGAGAGUUAGGUCGGAAAGCUGUGAUGUUUUUUCAGGCAAAUGGGUGUUUGAUAAUGUUUCACAUCCACUGUACAAUGAGUCAGAUUGCCCUUACAUGUCUGACCAAUUGGCCUGUCACAAGCAUGGAAGGUCUGAUUUGAGUUACCAGUAUUGGAGAUGGCAACCACAUAACUGCAAUUUGAAGAGUUGGAAUGUGAAAGAAAUGUGGGAGAAGGUGAGAGAUAAAAGGCUAAUGUUUGUUGGAGACUCACUAAAUAGAGGGCAAUGGAUAUCAAUGGUAUGUUUGUUACAAUCAGUAAUCCCUGCAGAUCAAAGAUCAAUGUCACCAAAUGCCCAUCUCACCAUUUUCAGAGCAGAGGAGUACAAUGCAACUGUGGAAUUUCUCUGGGCUCCUCUGCUUGUUGAAUCUAAUUCUGAUGAUCCAGUAAAUCACAGACUAGAUGAACGCAUAAUUCGUCCUGAUACGGUUCUUAGACACGCAUCAUUGUGGGAAAAUGCUGAUAUUCUUAUUUUUAACACGUACUUAUGGUGGAGGCAAGGCCCAGUUAAGCUAUUAUGGACUGCUGAAGAAAAUGGAGCUUGUGAAGAAUUGGAUGGGCGAGGAGCCAUGGAGUUGGCCAUGGGAGCCUGGGCAGAAUGGGUAUCUUCUAAAGUUGACCCCCUUAAGAAGCGUGUCUUUUUUGUGACCAUGUCACCAACUCAUCUCUGGAGCCGAGAGUGGAAACCAGAAAGUGAGGGAAACUGCUAUGGGGAGAAGGACCCUAUUGACAUUGAGGGCUAUUGGGGAAGCGGUUCAGAUUUGCCUACAAUGAGCACUGUGGAGAAGAUUCUAAGCAAUUUGAGUUCAAAAGUUUCUGUCAUCAACAUUACACAACUAUCAGAGUAUAGAAAGGAUGGUCAUCCUUCCAUUUUUCGCAAAUUUUGGGAGCCCCUUCAGCCUGAACGGUUGUCAAACCCCUCAUCUUACUCUGAUUGCAUACAUUGGUGCUUGCCUGGUGUACCUGAUGUGUGGAAUGAGUUGCUAUUCCAUUUUCUAUAG